GUCACUAGAAGUCAUCCCCCUAUUAUUAACAGUCAGAUUGGCAAUAGCCAUGCCCCCGUAUGAAAAGAAUGAUGUGGCUGAAGAAUUUUUGAUGGAGGCUGACAAGAAAGAUGAGGACAUGUCGCAGAAUAGGCCAUCCAUGAAACAACUCAACUUACUGGUCAAAGACGUAGUCUCACAUAGUACUUGGUGGGACCUCUAUGGUGUUGACUUAACAAUUAUGUUUGCAAACUUUGCACUUCUUCCUAUCAGUCUUUUUCUGAUUGGAUCUGGCUGUAUACCUUUGUUUGCAACUGGCUAUCUUCUGUUCUCCUAUGUCCAUGCCACAUUUACAGUGAAGCUGGCCCAUGCAGCUGUACACAAUGCCUUGGCAGGCUCAUCACAUUUCUUCAACCGCCUUCUGUCUGUGUUCUUCAUUGAGAUCUGGGGAGGUUUUACAGAACAAGGCAGCUUUGAGGCUCAUAUUCAGUUACAUCACCCUUACACUAAUGUGAUUGGUUUGGGUGAUUCUAGCUCAUGGCGAGCACCAUUCUUGGGCCGCUUUACAUACCUCUUCAUUGCUCCACUGUCCAUGCCACUCUUCAACACCGCAAUAGGCAUAACCUUGCUCACUGGACGCUGGUAUUCAAUUGCUAGGUUUCUCUGUAUAGCAACAGCUGGCUACAUCAUGCACUUCUGCUUGUUCCGGUACUUAGCUGGAUUGUCCCUUUUGGGCACCAUCCUUUGCAUGAUCACUACUCGUUCGGUAUUUGCCAUUCCAUACAUCCAUGUGAAUAUCUUCCAGCACAUUGGUUUGCCCAUGUAUGAUGUAAAGAAACGCCCAAGACGACUCUACCAAUUAGCUUCAGCAGCUCUCAAUCUGCCGAGAAAUCCACUUCUGGAUUAUUCCUUUGGCCAUUCCAUCAUCAGCUGCCAUGUGGAACAUCAUUUAUUUCCACGACUGUCUGAUAACAUGUGCCUGAAAAUCAAGCCUGUGGUGUCCAGCUACCUUAAGAAUAAUAGCCUUCCAUAUAAUGAAGCCACUUAUAUGAAUCAACUGUCAAAAUUUUACAACAAUUAUGAUGAGCUUAUGGUGAAAGCUCCACCGAUUACAGAACUGAUUGGCAUACAGUAAAAAUAUCUUCAACAGGGAAUUAAACAAUUUAAAGAAGAAUUUAAAUUAAUCAGAUGUUGAGAGGUCUCUUUUGAGUGGGUAGUUUUCAAAGUUGAGGGCCUUCUAUUCCCAGGGAGGUCCAGACUCUCUGGGGAAAUUUUGAAGUUCUUGACUCUUGUAGUAGCUUUCUCCUGCACUUUGGGAUGUUUUCUAUUUUAUGUUGCUUUGCUGUUCCAAAAAUUCAAUCUAUUUGAAAAGAAAUUGAAGAUAACUACAUUUAUGUUAAGAAUGCAAUGAUGUUUAUGAUAAGGCUAAAAGCAAGUAGUCUGCUAGAUCUACUUCACACCCUGCU